AUGACCGCCGUGUUGACUCCGACUGACGCUCUGAGGAGGGACACCAUGUCUCUCGACGACACCACCAUCAACUACAGUUCCGGGUCCACCGACUGGCGGGCCAAGUACAAUGAGGUGUGCGAUAUGCUGGAACAGACGCGCGCCGAACUGGACGACUUCCACCAAUCGAGCAAGGAACUCGAAACCGAACUUGAGAACGAACUGCAGCGCACGGAGAAGGCCCAGCAGGAUCUGAAGAUUAAGGCGGCCAGAGCGGAGAAUGAGCGUGACGAAUGGAAGUCCAAGUUCAUGUCCCUGCAAACCACACACAACCACACGACCGCCUCAUUGCAACGCGAGCUUGAUAAGCUACGAAAGGAGCACCAGCAGAUCAAGGUUCAGUUGCGAGAGCUCGAGAUGGGGAACGACGACCUGGAGCGUAACGAACGCGCCGUCUCGUCUAAUCUGGCGGACGUGGAGAACAAGUAUUCGAGGGUGCUGGAGGAGAAGAUUCUCCUCGAACACGAAUUGUUGGACAAGGCCAGCAUGGAGGAGGAAUUCCAGAGACUCAAGGAUGAAUUACGAGAUGCCAACGUCGAGAUUGCCGUCCUCAAGGACCAAGUCGCCGCAUCUCAGCCUCCUUCCGCCCCUCGUUCGCCCACGAAGCCAGAACCGGCCAGGCUGCCUUCCGAAGAUGACCUGCUUCACACGGCACCUCCCUCGGAUAUGACGCUAUCCGACCUAUCCCCCAGCUCAGAACCGAGCUCGUCGGAUAGCCUGAACUCGCUGAACAUGACGCCCAAGGGCCGCUCUACGCACACGACCUCCACAUCCUCCGUCAGCUCAGGCCAGUCUGCACUCCUCCAUCGCGCCGGCUUCCAACCUGGCCGCACCUUCACGACGCCGCCCUCUUCCUCUGGUAUCGCGCGCGCCUCCACCCUCCCCACUUUCAAUGGCUCUCCUACGAAUUACCGCACUCCCACGCGCAGCCCUACUCGCCCCGCCGCUUACCGUACGACCUCCACAACCAGCAACGCAUCCACUAAUACAACCGCCACACGCAACAAGGGUGUGCAGAUGGUGUCCGAGAUGCGUGCUCGCGUCAAGAACCUCGAGCAGAAGAUUCACACACGAGUGCCGAGGCUCAGGAUGGGCAGCGUUUCUGGGAAGCCGAGUCCUGCGCCACUUGGGACUACGUCCAUCAGCAACUACCAGUCGAUGUCGACAUCUGCGUCGAGCCGCGCUGGUUUGGCCAAGUCUAGCUGGGAAGGCAUGUCCCGGCGAAGCACCGAAGUCAAGCGGAGCGCGGAGGUCAAGCGCAGCAUCGACAGCGGCUCGGACAAGCCCAAGAAGAGCGCUGAUUCGAGUGGUUGGGUGCUGAUUAUGGAGGACUCACCGUCGCCACCAAAGAAUCCGGACAGGGAACGUCGGCGAGCCUCGAGCCCUCAACGUCCUGGUGCUAUGCGCGGGUCUCCUACAAGACCUUCAAGACUCGCCGGCCUGGGCCAGAGUAGCAUCGGCUCGGGCAUGAAGCGCCCGCAAUCCCGCCUUUCCGGUGGCAGCAUGAGCACGACAACCUCCAGCCUUAGCGCCACGACCGCCACCUCCACUUCCAUUCCCACCCCAACCUCACGCCCAACCACACCAACAUUGCUCCCCGUGCCCACGUCCGGCUUGUAUGCGCCUUCCUCUGGCGGCCUCAAGCGCUCGACGGGGCCGCUCAGCACGAGUCACCUCGGCGCGAGCAAGCGGUCCUCUUUGGGAGCAAGCACGGGCAUACCACCACCGCCGCGCCCGAACUCUUCGAUGGACAACAAGCCCUCGUUGGCGGGUUUGGGUCAUUCAAACGUGACCGUGCGGACGCGGCUGCCGAACAGCGCGUCGAACGCGUCGCUGUCGAAGAGCCGGAUCGGGCGGCCAAGUGGGGGCGGAAGCGGCAGGCGGAGCGCGGGCGCGGACAGCGACCUCGACAUCCGGGAGCUGCGGCCGCGUUCUGGGAGCUCGGCCGCGGUGCUGUCGAAGUAG